AUGAGCUCAGAAAGCUUAACACCUAAAGAUACUGUAAUUCCAGAAGAGCAAACGAACCAACUACGGCAAUCUAACUUAGAUGAGGAUAGCAUACACUAUGAACCAGAGGAGGAUGAUUUGGUUUCUUUAGAAACAGCCGCCUCGUACGCCUCAACCUUGGUAUCGGCAAAAGUAUAUACUAAAAAGGAAGGGAAUAAAGCUACUGACAUUGAAAGCCGGCCGCAUUGGGGUGAGUAUACCUCGAGCACGCAUAACAGUGACCAUGAAGAAGAUAAUUUCAAUGAGGAGACAGAGAGCUUCCCAGAAGGUGGACUUCAAGCUUGGGUGGUCACGUUUGGUUGCUUCUUAGGUCUGGUUGCAUGCUUUGGAUUAUUGAAUUCAACGGGAGUCCUAGAAAGUCACCUGCAGGACAACCAAUUAGCUAGUGAAAGUGUUUCCACCAUUGGUUGGUUGUUUUCCCUAUUUCUUUUUGUUUGCUUUGCCUCAUGCAUCAUCAGUGGUACUUACUUCGAUAGAAAUGGAUUUAGGACCAUCAUGAUUGUAGGCACGGUUUUUCAUGUGGCUGGCCUAUUUGCUACCGCUAACUCUACAAAAUAUUGGCAUUUUAUAUUGUCCUUUGCCAUAGUCUGCGGGUUUGGUAACGGUAUUAUACUAAGUCCCUUGGUAAGUGUCCCUGCCCAUUACUUCUACAAAAGGCGUGGUACUGCUUUAGCAAUGGCUACUAUUGGUGGUAGUGUUGGCGGUGUUGUUUUUCCAAUUAUGCUGCGUAGUUUAUUUUCUAUGAAAUCGGACACUGAUCCAAGUUAUGGCUUUGUUUGGGGUGUUAGGACUUUAGGGUUUUUAGACCUUGCCCUGCUAACCUUAUGCAUCCUCUUAGUAAAGGAAAGGCUGCCGCACGUUAUUGAAAGUUCUAAAGAUGGUGAGCCACAUUGGAGAUAUAUACUCAGGGUUUAUAUCCUACAAUGUUUUGAUGCGAAGGCCUUCCUAGACAUGAAGUACCUCUUUUGCGUUCUGGGAACAGUAUUUGGUGAGUUAUCUAUUAAUUCAACUCUCACUUAUUAUGGCUCAUACGCUACUAGUCAUGGAAUUUCAGCAGACGAUGCCUGCACCUUGAUUAUGGUUAUAAAUGUCUGCGGUAUACCUGGGAGAUGGGUUCCUGGUUAUAUGAGUGAUAAGUUUGGUAGAUUUAAUGUCGCUAUUGUAACUUUGUUCACCCUGUUUAUCGUCAUAUUUGUGGGCUGGUUGCCAUUUGGCACCAACCUGACAAACAUGUAUGUUAUUAGUGCCUUAUAUGGGUUCUGUUCUGGAAGUGUCUUUUCCUUACUUCCUGUCUGCUGUGGACAGAUAUCUAAGACGGAAGAGUUUGGUAAGCGUUACUCUACGAUGUACUUCGUUGUCGCUUUCGGCACUUUAGUUGGUAUUCCAAUAACGGGGGCUAUUAUUUCUAAGAAAACUACAGCAGAUUACCAACACUACAUCAUUUUUUGCGGUUUGGCAACAUUUGUCAGCGCUGUUUGUUACAUAAUUUCGAGAGCAUAUUGUGUGGGCUUCAAGUGGGUCAGAUUUUAG